AUAAAUACCAAUAAGAAUCGAAACCCUAGUUCGUUUCUCCUACGACCGACGGGCAUUGAGCGAAUCUGGGCUGAGGGCGUCGACGUCGGAAAGCCAUGGUGCACGUCUCCUUUUACCGCAACUAUGGGAAGACAUUUAAGAAGCCCCGUCGUCCCUACGAGAAGGAAAGACUCGAUGCUGAGCUGAAACUCGUGGGAGAGUAUGGUCUUAGGUGCAAGAGGGAACUUUGGAGAGUGCAGUAUGUCCUGAGCCGCAUUAGGAAUAAUGCAAGGAACCUCUUGACUCUUGAUGAGAAGGACCCUCGCCGGAUCUUCGAGGGUGAAGCCCUUUUAAGGAGGAUGAACAGAUAUGGUCUGCUUGAUGAGAGCCAAAACAAGCUUGAUUAUGUCUUGGCCCUCACUGUUGAAAACUUCCUCGAGCGCCGCCUCCAAACUCUGGUGUUCAAAGCUGGUAUGGCCAAGUCCAUCCAUCAUGCCAGAGUUCUCAUUAGGCAAAGGCAUAUCAGGGUCGGAAGGCAGGUUGUGAAUGUGCCCUCGUUCAUGGUGAGGGUGGAUUCCCAGAAGCACAUCGAUUUCUCUCUUACAAGUCCAUUUGGCGGCGGUCGACCAGGAAGGGUGAAGAGAAGGAACCAGAAGGCUGCUGCUAAGAAGGCUGCUGGCGGCGAUGGAGACGAGGAUGACGAAGAGUAAGGUAGGAUAUCAUGAACUGCCCUUAUUUUUAAAAGUUUUCACCUGACUUACCUGCAAAUUUUUUAAAAUUCUCAGACAUUCUUGCUAGACAAUUUAGAGCUUUCUUUUCUUCCUAAACUAUUGCAUGUUUUUGUUCUUUA